AUGGCGGAACACGACGAGUCGAGUUGCUGCAGCAACAAAUCCCUGCCUUGCUACAGCGUUGACGAGCAGGUUCUGCAGAUACUAUGGGAGGAACAGGUGGACAUGAAUGAGCUACUCGAAUUUUCCUUCGACCGGAUCGAGAAACUGGCGAAAAAACACGGCAAUACGAUCAGCGAACUCCAGAAAGAGGAUCUGUGGGAAUACGUUCAAAGAAUGCGGGCGCAUCCGGGGUUGAACGUGAACUGCUGCGACAUGCGCGGCCUGCGGGCGCUCGAGGUGUGCGCCCAGAACGGGGACGUGGACGCGAGCGUGGAGCUGCUCCGACUGCGCGCCCUGGACCCGGACCACGUGCAGGCCGCCCUGCUGGUGGCUGUGCAGCGGGGAGACCUCGUGCUCACCAAGAUCCUCCUGGACGGCGCCCAUGGGCCGUGCACCGUUCCCGUGGGCAACAUGACUCCGCUGAUGGCGGCAGCCAUCGCGGGAGACCUGGAGAUCACCAAGAUGCUCCUGGACAGGGGACACGUCAUCCAGAAACCUCACGAGCCAGGCUGUCUGUGCGCGGAGUUGUGCCGCGAGCAGUCCCAGAAGCACGGAGAGAGGCUGUCGCAGUCGCAGCUCCGCCGCAACGCGUUCCGGGCCCUGAGCAGUCCGGUGUACAUCCUGCUCACGUCCGACGACCCCGUGCUGACCGCCUUCACGCUCAGCAGGGACCUCCAGCGCCUCGCCGACAGCACCCCGGAGUUCCAGGUACACGCACCGGCGACGCACUGGCGGUGCGAAGCGCUCGUUCGUACACGAUAA